AUGAAUACAGAAAGCGGCAUACUACUUCUCCUGGUAGGUGCAACCUUUUCUGUUGCUUAUGAGAGAUCCUAUCAUGUACUGUGGUUCAAAUUACAGUCUCUUUUUGAUUUAAGUUUAUCAUCCACACAGUGUUCUUUUCAGCCGUUAGCCCUCUUGCGGACGAGGAAGGAUGGCUUCCUAUACAAAUUCUACAACGAGCAUUCCUUGUCGUCAAGGAAAGUUGUGCUGUUCAUCAGGGUGCUUUUUUCUACAACAUCAGCUCUCUGUGUCACUGCAAUUGAGGUCAUUCUUUGGCAAAUUAAGACAGCAGAUAACAACAUUGACCAGAACGGUAACAUAACAAUCAAAUUAAUCUGGUCAAUCAUAUCAAUUGGCCUUUCUAUUAACCUCAUAUUUCUUCAACCUUUCCUCAUUCUUUUAUCAUUGCUAAGCAAGUUCUUUGACGAUAGACUUCAUUCGGAUUAUAUCAUCCUCAUCACGAGUGCUGCAAUUAUUUUCUGGAUAUCCUCAUUAAACUUUAUAAACUGGGGUCCGUUUUAUUACUCAUCAAAUCUGCUAACAAAGUUAUCAAUUGUGGGAGUGAGCGUUAUGGCUCUUCUAUCAGCUGUUGCUUCUGUUUCCACUCCAUACUAUGUUUUCUUAUAUUUUUGGAAUAGGCGACAUUUUAUGACUGCAAAUUUCAACAGCAAUAUCCCGCUGCUAUUGGUGAACGAUGCUAUUGUCGAGGAAAAAUAUAGGGAUUGUAGAACUAAUUUCGAAGAAAACUUUAAAAUAUUAGAAAAUCUAGAGAGGGAACCAGGUGGAACUAACUCUGUUAUGCGUGAACAACUAGUAGAGAAAAUUGGGCGCCAUCAAAUUGAAUUAGCGAAGCUCGAAAAAAGAAUAAAUGAUUCAAGAAAAAGUCGUUACCUAAAGAGAGUUUUUCAUUUAGGUUUUUUAAUUUACUGCCUCUAUAAAUUGAUGACCACAUUCUUCUACCGUAUCCCUGUGAUUAUUAAACACCUACUCAAAUAUCCGGAUGACUAUAAUUACGAAUUCUUCGAUUCCUUAUUAGAUGGUGAAAACGGGUCUCAAGAUCCUUUGGCUGUUACAUUGGCAAAUAUUCUUGACUUUAUGUUAUUUCAUUUCAACUAUCAACAAGAAUUGGACUCACUCACAAAACAAAUAUCUUUGAUUUUAUCAAUUUCAUUGUUUAUUUGCUCAUUUUCAACCGUGAAGACGACGAUAUCAUAUCUUUUGACGCUGUGUCCUUUAAAAUUACAGAUCCUUGCAUUUUCGGCAAUCAAAGAUGACGAAUCGAGAAGCAGCCUUCCUUUUACUAGGGUUGAGAGCUUCAAAGGCAACAAACAGCCAUCGAUUAUAAAAAAUCUUAUUAUAUCAGAGCUCACAGGUAUAUAUGUAUUGGCGACAAUACUGAUGAUUAGAUCUAACCUUCCCUUCGAGGUUUCAGAAAAGCUCAAUCAACUUUUGGGAGAAAGAUUUACAGUUCCUAAUGUUGUUAUAGAUAUCUGGUUCGAUGAAGUAUUUGCAUUGUGUUCCAUCUUAGCCUUCUGCGGUAUUAAGAUUGCUGAAUCUCUGGUUGUUGACAACUCAAGUGUUGAGCUCGAACUGUAA